UGGAGUCGCGCUCGGCGGGUCGGAGCGCUGGCGCUUCCCGAACGCCGCAGGGUGCCCACCAGCCCAGGGCACUCGGAGCAAGGGUCUGCGCGCCUCGCCUGCUGCUCCCGAUGUCGCUGCCCAGCUGCUGAUCGCCGCACCCUCUUCCCGCACCGGUGUAGGACGGUGGAGGCAGGAAGACUGCUUUGCAAAGUGGGCAUGGAGGUAAAUUGUUUAACACUAAAAGACCUGAUCCACCCCAGGCAGUCCAGAUUAGAUUUUGCAAUUGAAGAUGGGGAAAAUGCGCAAAAGGAAAACAUAUUUGUUGAUCGGUCAAGAAUGGCCCAGAAGACUCCGAUAAAAAAUGAACCAAUUGACUUAUCGAAGCAAAAAAUCUUCACUCCAGAACGAAAUCCCAUUACUCCAGUAAAACUUGUUGACAAACAGCAGGCAGAACCAUGGACACCUACAGCCAACCUGAAGAUGCUCAUUAGUGCUGCCAGCCCAGACAUAAGGGACCGAGAGAAGAAAAAAGGUCUCUUCAGACCCAUUGAAAACAAGGAUGAUACGUUUACAGACUCUUUACAGCUUGAUGUUGUUGGGGACAGUGCUGUGGACGAAUUUGAAAAGCAAAGGCCAAGCAGAAAACAGAAAAGCUUAGGACUCCUGUGCCAGAAGUUUCUAGCUCGCUAUCCAAGUUACCCCUUGUCAACUGAGAAAACUACCAUCUCCCUAGAUGAAGUUGCUGUCAGUCUUGGUGUUGAAAGGAGACGCAUCUAUGACAUUGUCAAUGUGCUAGAGUCACUGCAUCUGGUCAGCCGGGUGGCUAAGAAUCAGUAUGGCUGGCAUGGACGACACAGCCUGCCAAAAACCCUGAGGACCCUCCAGAGAUUAGGAGAGGAACAGAAAUAUGAAGAGCAGAUGGCAUACCUCCAACAGAGAGAGCUGGACCUGAUGGAUUAUAAAUUGGGGGAACGUAGAAAAGAUGGUUAUCCAGAUCCCCAAGAUCACCACUUACUGGAUUUCUCUGAACCCGACUAUCCCUCCUCAUCUGCAAACAGUAGAAAAGACAAGUCGCUGAGAAUCAUGAGCCAGAAGUUUGUCAUGCUGUUUCUCGUCUCUAAAACCAAGAUCGUCACUCUGGAUGUGGCUGCCAAAAUACUGAUAGAAGAAAGCCAAGAUACCCCAGACCAUAGCAAAUUCAAAACAAAGGUACGACGCCUCUACGAUAUAGCCAAUGUUCUGACCAGCCUGGCUCUGAUAAAGAAAGUACACGUCACAGAAGAACGAGGCCGCAAACCAGCCUUCAAAUGGAUUGGGCCUGUGGACUUCAGCUCCAAUGAUGAAGAAUUAGUGGAUGUUUCUGCAUCAGUCUUACCAGAAUUGAAAAGAGAAACAGCAUAUAGCCAUAUUCAAAUCUGUGCAAGACAGAGACUGGCUCGUCAUGGUUCUUUUAACACUGUCCAGGCUCCUGAGCGGAUCCAGAGGAAAGUGAACUCAGAACCCAGCAGCCCAUACAGAGAAGAGAAAGUAUCAGGUGGCUACUCCUUAGAAAUUGGAAGUCUAGCUGCUGUCUACAGACAGAAAGUAGGAGACAAUUCACAGGAAAAAGCCUUUGGCAGUAAGAGAGAGCUACCUCCUUCAAGCAUCUUGGACCCUGCUGCUCCUUUCCCUGUCCCCUCGGUGGACUCAGAGUAUCGCGUUAGCCCUUUAGCCCAUCAAGUAUUUCCCAUCGCUCAAACGGACUUGCCAGCGUUCUCCGUGCAGAAUGGUCUGAAUGGACAAGCGGGCACCACGCUUGCUCCAGCAGCCUCUGACGCCGAAUGCACAAAGCCAGCCCUGCUUGCCAGCCAGCCCUUGGUGUACAUGCCCCCCACCUCGCUGUUUAUGCUGUAUGGACGCCUGCAGGAGGGACCAUCUCUAGGGGCAGGGGCAGAGAGGGAUGGCAGAAGCUCAGAAGGCCCCACCCCAGCAGAGCUCUCAUCCGCACUCUCAGCUCAGAAGCGGCUCUGUGAGGAAAGGAAGCCUCAGGAGGAGGAGGAGCCCGCCACCAAAAGACAGAGUAGGGACUACGAAGACGGCCCUCUGUCCCUUGUCAUGCCCAAGAGAUCCUCAGACUCCACAGACCUUACCUCCCCCAAGACCAGGGAUAAUGGGGGCUCUAAUCCCCUUGAGGACAUUCAUGUGAAUGGCCAACUUCCUGCUGCAAAGGAGGCUUCGGGAAAGGCUACUGCAAACUCCUUUGUUUCUUCUGAGUGGGGAACUUCUUUAAGAAAUACAGAUAUUGAAAAGGCUUCAAAAGAAAGUGAAAGCACCAAAGAACCCUCUUUGCUGCAGUAUCUCUACGUGCAGUCUCCAGCUGGAUUGAAUGGUCUCAAUGUGCUCUUACCUGGCAGUCAGACCCCACAUUCUGCCGGGCCGUCUUCAGGUCAGCUGCCAGCCUUCAGUGUCCCGUGCAUGGUCCUACCAUCUCCAACACUGGGCGCUUUUCCUGUCCUCUAUUCUCCGGCCCUGCCUGGGCAGGUUGCUUCUGCCCCUGGCACUCUGCCAAACACAGGACCUGUGAAUUUUGGCUUGCCUGGCCUCGGAUCAACAGCUCAUCUUCUCAUCAGCCCUGCAGCCAUGGUUAAUCCAAAGUCAUCCACACUCCCUUCUGCAGACCCUCAGCUUCAGACCCAGCCUUCGCUUACCCUGAGUCCAGUGAUGUCGAGGUCACACAGCGUUGUCCAACCUGAUUCCCCUGUUUACAUGGGACACCCAGUCUCAGUAGUAAAACUACCACAGUCCCCAGCUCCAGUGACCCCCAAAAGCAUUCAACGCACACAUCGUGAGACAUUUUUCAAGACACCUGGAAGCCUUGGGGAUCCCGUGCUUAGGAGAAGAGAAAGGAGUCAGUCCCGAAAUGCCAGCUCAGCCCAGAGGAGACUAGAAAUCCCCAGCAGUGGCCCUGACUAGCCCAGUGCUUCGCCAGGUGGGGGUGGAUACAACCCCUGGAUUUCCAUGUUGCAGGGAAUUCAUGCGUCCUUCCUGUCUUUCAUCCACUGGUCUGUUAACUUCCCACCAUCAUGACUCAUCUGUUUUCCUGAAGUAAUUAUUAAUCGUGCAUUUGAUACCAGUUAGAGUUGAAACUCUGCAUUGUGUCACAGUGAAAGCACCAACUGACUUUUGUGGUUUCGAUUGGAGAAUCAUCUUAUUGCUGGAAGUAAAUCCAAAUGGGCUACCGGAGCCUUGUGGUUUUUUAAAAGGAGGGCUGUCUAGCACUUAACUAGGGUAAGCAUUCUUGAAAUGUACUUCUACUUGCCCUGAGUAAAUCUGUGGUAAGAGAAACUUCCUUUCUGCAGUUUAAAAAAAGCUACUGCUUCCUCAGGCUUCAUCAGGAAGCCAUCUUCAGUUGUGAAUUCUAUGGUAUUAUUUAUUUUGUUCCUGAAAUGGGAUUUAGUGCAAAAAGUUUACAACUACAGCCUAACACAUAUUUUUCAGGGUAUGACGACUUGAAUGUUUAUACUUUUUUUCUAUGAUUUACCCUGCACUUAUUCUACAAUGUAGUAAUAAUGUGGAUAAAUGUAUACAUGACAAAUGUCAAGACCAAAAUAACUGUGAAUGAUACACCUUACUAUAAAAGAACUGUGCUAACCCUACCUUUGGGCAUGAGAACUAAGACUGAGAAGCAGCUCUUAGCUGCUAGAAUCUUAACCAUGUGAAGGGUGAGGUUUUACUGUCUGUUUAGAAACAUCCUACUGUGUUCAGUCUCCUUCACUCCAUGCCCUUUGUUUAUUUAAAUUUAACUGUAGGGUAUCAGGUGUGGAUGCCUUCUAGCAAUUGCUGUUUGUAAAAUAAAUCAGGGUGGUAGAAUGUAAUUAUAUGGAAAAUUGGAACCUGGAUGACCUUUUGGUUGAAUUCUGAAUAGUGUAGAAAUUGAUAUAGGGCAAUAGGUAAUUCUUUCAUUUUUUACUACUUCAUGUUUGGAAGGAGUAGGAAGGAAAACGGACACAUUAUGCUCAACAUCCAAGGAUAUUCAAACUAUAUGUAUAAGGUACUUCUGAAAAAGAACAAUGAGGGACCAGGUGGUGGCACAGUAGUAAUACAACUGAAUCCACGUGAGAAAGGUCCUGGGUUUGUGUCCUGGGACCUCCCUGAGCACACCAGGCCAGUUGGGACUGGGGCUAGAUCACAGUGAGACGACCUUGUUGGGAGUGCCUGUCUCUCUCUCUCAUGGGAGAAAUUAACUUUUAAAAGCAAUGAUAAAUAAUGAGUGUAGGGGUUUGUUGUUUUAAAGUGAAUACAGUUCUAGAAACUUAGGCACUACCCUUUUGUUACACCACAUUUUAGGGGUUCAUGAAGUAGCCAUACCAGUUCUUUGUAUUCUUAGAUUUAUUGCUAUUAGUCUCACUCUUGUCUCUUGAAUGACGUCUUUUCUUCCUUUCUUCUUUCUCUUUUUUUCAAACUUCUAAGAUUUAGAAUCUUGUCAUAGAGUUUUAUUUUUUGGUUUUGGGCCCAAUAAAAUGUUAUAUGAAAGAAUAAAAAUAUUAACUAAGAGACUCUGGGAGUCUAAGUAGCUUUAUAUUGACAAGAUAAUAUUAACCUUAUUAUCCCCAUGAGGUUUUUGAAAACUUUAGGUAGCCAGCUUAAAUAAAUUUGCUACUUAUAUAAAAUUUUUAUGAACACUAAACUUUUAAAGUUUACAAGAGAGUAUUUUUUCUCUUCCCUACAAUCUUCUCUAGAGUUAGAUUAAAAAUGUGUUUUUAACCAUCACGUGUCUAAUUGCUUAGUAAUGAAUACCCUGAACCAAUCUGAUGGGUUCCUUAUUGAAACAAAGAUAGACCUUUUCUCAGGUGGAUUGCAGGAUACACAGCUUUUCUAUCUGUGCAGGGUAUGUACACUUUAAAUCUGUCACGCUUAAGAUUUCCACUGAGAGGUCUGCAUGUCAAUGGAAACACAACUGGUUUCCCCUCGUUGUUCCUGUAUGCUCUCUACUCAUUUUAACUUUUUUGCUAUCCUAUUGUCUUUUUAUUAUGUCCGUGAUAAGACCACAUUAACCUCGGGAUUCAUGGUUCUUGAGGAGAGUUAAGAAGCAGUCCCAUAAAUGAGAAUAUGAUUUUACCAAGAGAAAACUAAGAACAAUUUUUUGAGAGGUUUUUGCUAUAGGGCGCAUGCGCUUGCCGGAAAGACAGAGAGAGACAGAGAGAC